CUUCCGGCUGUUGCCUCCCCACUUUUUUUAUUGACAUUUCGCUUAAUUCUAGCUUGCGGGCUAUAGGCGUUUUGCAGGGUCAUUUGUUUUUGUAUACGUUGACAUUUAGCGCCACGGCUUUUGAACAGAUAGGUGCAUGCUUAGCACAAAAGAGAGGCGUUUAAAGUGGGCAGCUUGUUGAAAAAUUGAGGAGACAUCAACAUCUUUCUUCCUUUGGAUUCUUGACGUUUAGGCUUCCUUUGUCAGGCUGACUUCCGUUUUCAUGUGCAGUCAACAGUGGGGAAAAAUAUAUUGCUAGGAAAAAACUAGCCAAUGUUUUAAGUAGUACUUAGGCGCAGGCAAUACAAUACUUUAUAUCGGCAAAAACGUCUGCCUUUAAGGGGCUCAUUUCUAACGUUGGUUUGAUGUGCUAGUUUUCAGGCUAGUUUACUAACACGGAUGCUAGGUAUCUAGCAAGGAUAGCUAACGUUAGCUAGCUUGCUAACAAUACUGCUGCACAUUUGUCACUAUUUUCAGUCGAUACGCUGUAACGUUACCAGAGAAGUGUCUAAAUUACUGAAUGAGAGGUCGAAUAUUUACUGUCCUCUUACAUUCGUUUUUGUAUUGAGGCCCGGAGAUACGACCUUUUUUGCUAGCACCAGCUAGCUUAAUUAGCUAACCAAAAUAACAUGUUUCGGUAUUUAAAUGACGUCGAUGAAAACCCUUACAUGAUGGAUCCAUUUGCUGCCCACAGGCAACAGAUGAGGAGUCUGUUUGGGUCUUUUGGCUAUGAACCUUUCCCUCUCAGCCCGCAGAUUCAACCCCCCCGUGCACCCCACCUUCAGGCUGGAGCUUUGUCACCUUUUGGAAUGAUGGGAAUGGGAGGAGGUUUCAUGGACAUGUUUGGGAUGAUGGGAGGAAUGAUGGAGAACAUGGACAGAAUGUCGGGUUCGCCAAACUGUCAGACGUUCUCUUCCUCCACAGUCAUAUCCUACUCCUCUUCAGACAUGGGAGCCCCUAAAGUCUACCAGCAGACUAGUGAACUAAGGACUGCACCUGGAGGGAUCCGUGAGACACGCCAAUCGAUGCGUGACAGUGAGAGUGGUUUGGAGCGCUUGGCCAUUGGCCACCACAUCUGGGACCGUGGUCAUGUGAUGGAGCGCUCCCGAAACCGCCACACAGGUGACCGCGAGGAGCGCCAGGACUUCAUCAACCUGGAGGAGAGUGAGGCCGCUGCCUUUGAUGAAGAGUGGAGGAGCACAGCCGGAAGGUACCCUCCUCCUAACGCACGGGGGAUAGACUAUGGCCGGGACAGGAGGGCAGGGGGACAACAACUGGCCCUCGCUGCCCCGCCCAGCUCCUCAUCUCCGCCCGCCCCUCGCCACGAGUCCCCCAGACACCCUCCGCCCCCAACUCGUCCCCGCUACGAUUGGUGAGAGGGGACAAGGGUGAAAGGUGAGCAGAAGGAUGAAGAGGAGGCCAAGGGGAUCUGCAUGAUGCUGUGAACGAAGAGGAAGAAGAGGGAAGAAGAAGGUCAUGACUGUCCUUCAAGAUGUUUGAUAUGACGGGACUGUCUAUAUAUAAACUAUACAUUUAACACAUACACAUCAGAUCUCAGUACCCGCAAUUAUGGUUCAACCUCUCUGCUGUUACCAUAAGCGCACACAAACACACAUGUGCGGUCACACAAGCGCACACAGACACACACACACACACACACAAUUACAAACACAAUUACAAACAUUCACGUUGUAUAUAGAGCCACCCUCCAACUUUGCAUUCGUUUUUUGCCCACCCCACUAUAUAAAUAUAUAUUCAUUGCCACACUACAUACUACACACGUGCUGUACAGUCCAUAUAUGUUUGUGUAGACACUAGUGUGUCUGUGGAUUGAAUUGUAUACUGUUGACUAAUUAAACUAAUUGAUUGGGGAAAAAUCAUUAAACAUUGUUAGAUAAUU